UCAGAUUCUAACAUAUAGUUUACACUAUAGAGAGCUCAUUUCUUUCUUAAUCUACUUAAAAACAAUUCCUGCAUUACGCCAAUGGCUUCCGGUGGAAAGCUUGAAGUAGAUGUUGAGAUCAAGUCUGCUGCAAAAAAGUUCUGGGAUAACAUUAGAGACUCCACAACUCUCUUCCCAAAGUUCUUCCCUGACCAAUACAAGAGCAUUGAAAUACUGGAAGGCGAUGGCAAGGCAGCUGGUUCCAUUCGCCUCUUCACAUACGCUGAAGGUUCUCCGCUUGUGAAGGUGUCGAAAGAGAGGAUCGACACUGUAGACGAAGCAAAGAAGGAGGUCUCUUACAGUGUGAUCGAGGGUGAUCUUCUAAAAUACUACAAGAGUUUCAAGGCAACCAUAGUUGUUACUCCAAAGGGAGAUGGAAGCUUGGUGAAAUGGAUGUGUGAGUUUGUAAAGGCAAGCGAAGAUGUUGAAGUCCCACACGUCAUUAAGGAUUUUGUGGUAAAGAACUUCCUGGAGGUGGAUGAAUUAAUUCUCAAGGAGUAGUGCACUGCAAUUGUUUGUGUUCUUAUUAUAUGGUCGUCUAAAUAAUGUGGAGCCUUAUAUUUACUCUGCAAUUUGUCUUUCAUCCAUAUCAGAUCAGAUACUUAAUUCGCAAUUAUGCUGCUACGCACCUAGCUAGCUACUGCAUAUUACUUAUAUGUACUGGACGUUCUUAUUAUAUAUCAAUGUAUAUCUGUUGUGCUUAA